CCUUUCAAGUGUUUGAAGGACCGCUCCGUUAGCUUGUCAACGUUCCGGCUUCGCACUGGCGGGCGGGCUCGUGCUGUGAUUGGUGCACAUCUCGGGGAAGUGCAGACCUGGCUGGCGCGGUUGCUAUGACGGCAGGCGGCGGAGUCUCCGCCUUCCCGGGAGCCGCCAUCUUGUUGUUGAUUCGAACAGUCAGGAGCGGGUGAGGGGGCCUCAGGACCGAGCCGGAACCGGGGGUCCCAGCGCCGCGUCCCCCGGGCGGCAAGGAGAGCCCGUCCCGGGAAGCCAUUGCUGCUGAAGUGGUGCGGGGUGUGUUUGAUCGAUAGGGGGAAUGGAGGAGGUCUGCCUGCUGGCAAAAAGAUUGGAACAAGACUAAUUCCUGGGAUUUCUCAGCCGUGGCUGUCUGCCCCUCGUGAAGCUGCCCCCUCCCAGCCCAUGUGGCUCUCCCCAUGCCCCGAGCGUGCAACUGGUGCCGAACGCAAUGUGUGUUUGUCAAACCAUGGAAGUGGGCAAGUAUGGCAAAAAUGCCAGUCGAGCCGGAGAGCGAGGGGUCCUGUUGGAGCCUUUCAUUCACCAGGUGGGCGGCCACAGCAGCAUGAUGCGCUACGAUGACCACACUGUUUGCAAGCCCCUCAUUUCCCGAGAACAGCGCUUCUACGAGUCUUUGCCCCCGGAAAUGAAGGAGUUCACGCCUGAGUACAAAGGUGUGGUGUCCGUCUGCUUUGAGGGAGACAGUGAUGGCUACAUUAACCUGGUAGCAUAUCCCUAUGUGGAGAGCGAGGUCUUGGAGCAGGAUGACAUGCCAGAGAAGGACCAGCCUCGGCGCAAGCACUCCCGCAGGAGCCUUCACAGAUCCAGCAGUGUUGGUGAGCACAAGGAGGAGAGACUCAGCCUGGCCAGUGACAACCCUGAGAGCAGCAUCCAAGAGACAAAGAGCCCCAAGGUAGAGCUGCACAUCCAUUCCGAUGUUCCAUUUCAGAUGCUGGAUGGGAACAGCGGCCUGAGCUCGGAAAAGAUCAGCUACAACCCAUGGAGUCUGCGCUGCCAUAAGCAGCAGCUGAGCCGCAUGAGAUCGGAGUCCAAGGACCGAAAGCUCUACAAGUUCCUUUUGCUGGAGAAUGUGGUGCACCAUUUCCGAUUUCCCUGUGUGCUUGACCUGAAGAUGGGGACCAGGCAGCAUGGAGAUGAUGCUUCUGAAGAGAAGGCUGCUCGGCAGAUGAAGAAGUGUGAACAGAGCACCUCAGCGACGCUGGGUGUGAGAGUUUGUGGAAUGCAGGUCUAUCAGCUGGACACGGGACAUUACUUAUGCAGAAAUAAGUACUACGGCCGUGGUCUCUCCAUUGAGGGGUUCCGCAAUGCCCUCUACCAGUACCUCCACAAUGGCCUAGAGCUGCGCAAGGACCUCUUUGAGCCCAUACUCGCCAAACUCCGGAGCCUGAAGGCUGUGCUGGAGAGGCAGGCAUCCUACCGCUUCUACUCCAGCUCCCUCCUCAUCAUUUAUGACGGGAAGGACAAUAGGGCAGGCAUGUUCAUGGAGCGCAGGGCAGAGAUGCGCCUAAAGCGGGUGGACACCUCUCUCCCAGAGAGCCUGCAGGAUGACACCAGCACAGAGCCCAACCCUUCUGCCCAGCCCAAGGUGGAUGUGCGCAUGAUUGACUUUGCACACAGCACAUUCAAAGGGUUUCGGGAUGACCCCACUGUGCAUGAUGGACCUGACAUGGGCUAUGUAUUUGGGCUGGAAAACCUCAUCAACAUAAUGGAACAGAUGCGGGAGGGGAACCAGUAGGCCUGGGCUGUGCCCGUUCAUUCCUACCCUAGUGGCAGGAGCAGGAAGAAGCAAACAACUUUCGUAUUCAAUGGUUCACUCGCUCCCUUGUUUAUAACUGUCCCUUGGGCUGGAAGAUCUGUGUGAGGAGUGUUAAGAUCUCUGCCGUCCUGCUGCCCGUGUGGUUUUGACUGCACUGGCCUUACCUUCUGGAGGAGGCUCUCAGAGGCCCUGCUGGGUGACAAGCUCGCUGCUGUUGUGCAUCAAUCUCUUCAUUGUGUAUGUAUUCUAGAAAGAGGACCUGGCCACAGGGAAGAGAGGAGUAAGCCAGCCCUUCAGGGUGGAGAUCGAGGUUGCACUGCCUCUGCUCCCCAGAAGUCCCAGCAGAGCCUUUGGUUUGAACCUCUUCUGUCAUUUGGAAAGGGCAUUCGUUCAAAUGAACCGGAAGUAUCUAUGGGGCUGAUGGGUGCAGCACACUCAUAGUUUCCUACGGUACCAGCUGUUGGAACAGCUAGCCCUGCCCCAGGGUUGUGAUUGAUUGAUUGACUGAGGAGUUAGUUUAUGAUACCGCAUUUAUCUUCUCCAUUUUGGGCAUUGUGAUAAAUCAUCCCAAAUGGGCAGGAAUAAAUGACCAAACAAAACCCAUUGCAGAGCUGCAGCAAUGGGUAAAUCGCCUUGCCCCACAGACUGCUGUGGGGUCAGUCAGGGAGGCUUUGCUACCACCCCAGCUGGCAGAGAAACUUGUGCAGGGCUGUAAGGGCAGGCAGGCCUGAAGGAGUUUGUUCGACCAGGGAUAAGCGUGAUGUUCCUGUGAGAUUGACCCUGCCUCGGUGCAGUGUUCCAAUGAGAGUUCAGCUACCUGGCCACAGUAUUGUUAACAGCAAGUGAAUUCACACCCUAGCUGUUUCACUAGGGUAUAUCAAGCUACUCCCAGCCUCAGUGUUUGUAUAGCAUAGGCACAGCAGCUGGGAUGGGAGUAUCUUCCUAGCCACAUCCAGACCAGGCACUGCAGCAUGAGACUGUUGUCUUCUUUGACUCCUCCUGGGGCAGGGCUGACCCAUUUCACACUCUGGAACAGUCCGUCACACUCCCUGGGGUGGGAAAAGGGAAGUGGCUGAGGGGUCGGGAUUUCAGCCUUACCUUGGAAGGAUCCUAGUGGAGUUAAUGAGGAAGAAGAGUCUUAGCUGAACUGACAGAGGGCUUCAGGCUGUCCCCAUCAUGUUGUCUUUUGAGCCCCAUGCUGGAGUUGCUCAUUCGCAGAAGUGCCUCUUCUGUGGGUGGAAACAGCUGCUUGGCUGGCAUGGUGUCCCCCUACCUGGCCUACUCUCAGGGAACUGAUAUCUGCUGGCUUGUGUUAGGGUUGGAUACAGCUGUCUGGCUGAACAUGGCUUGGCUGUGCUCUGGCCCUAGUCUUCACUCCCACAAGUGGAUUUCUGACUUGAGUGACAGCAGGAAAAAGAGGUGCUCUGACCUCUCAGAGCUAAGCGAAAGCAUCAGGUCACCGCCUGAGCAAAGCUGUCUAGUCUCCAAGCUGAGGAUGGACACAGUGCCUGUGGCUCAGGGUUUUCUGUGUCAGAGGGAUUCUCCAUCUAAAUGUGUCAUUUCUGUGGCCCUGAGACUACCUCUUCUCACCCAAACUGUCAUCUGCAGGUGAGUGCUUGGCCCUGCACAUUGCAGAUGCACUAGGCUCUUUGACUCUGCACUUUGCCUGGGGAGCAUAUGUGCAGGGGCGUAUCCAUCUGCGGUUUCUGCAGAGAGUGCAGGAUUUGGGGUCGUGGGGUCUCAAUCCUGUUACUGCUAGUUGGCGAAAGAGGGGAACAGUACUCAAAUUUGUGCUAAAGCUUAAGACUGUCUCUUGAUUACUCUGCUGAGCUUGGUUAAAGCCCAUGCCCCCCUCAUGCCUUGCAGAUGGGGGCUGGGCUCUUGGCCAUGGCAUUAUUACAUUUGUUAGGUUACUCCUUCCUCUGUGUCCAUUAGCUCUUCCUCCACAAGCAGCUGCUAAUGAGAUUUUCUCAGUGGCCAGGACACAGCAGCCAAAGAUGGGCUGCUGGAGGCAAUGCAGUUGUUUCCGUGGUUGAAGCAAAGAAGUCCAAGUUAGCUGGGCAGAAAUGCAUUAUGGUCCUUGGGCAUUGUGACCAAUCAAAUCCUAGUCUAGUGGCCUGCCUCCUCACUGGCCCUACUAUGGCAGGUAGCGCUAAGAAGGGGCAUUUCACACCAGGAAGGGGACUCCUCCACAUGUGGUUGCUUGGUCUUUCAACAUUCUCAUUUUCCCCUAUUCUGGGUAUUGUUGAGGGAAGCGGGGAUAUGUCACAGCUCUCUCUUGUUUCUCCCCUUGGAUCCUGCACUGAAGUCCUAAUGCUGAGUGUGGCAAGGCUUGUAUGUUGACUUUGGUCCAGUACCAGCCCUGUAUUAGAUCCUGGUUCCAGGGUCACACCAACAUAGCUGGCCUGUGCAGGAGCUCCUGUCUCUACACCAGUCUCCUCAGUCAUAGUGAGAGGUGUAUACACAGAUCACUAGCAACAUGGUGCAUCUCCUGUUUGGCUCCGUGUGAUUCCCCUUGCCAAGUAUCUUUGGACCAUCCUGAUAAAAUUUUCAGAACUUGUAAAUAGCCUUGACAACGGAAUUGUUCUUCUUGUUGGAGGGGUUUUUAUUCUGUUUGUGCUUCAUGAAUAACCAAAAGAAAUGAAAGGUUUAGUUUUGCCAGUGCUGCAGUGUUAUGUUUCUACAUAGCAUGAUCACAAUGCACAGCCUUGCUCAGUAGCAAUAACCCUUCCCAUCCCAUCGGAGUGCAGUGACACGCAGGACAUGGCGUCGGAUGAGCCUCAGGCUGGGCAGGAGAUGAAUGCAAGUGUCUUGGACUUCUGGAGGCUCGAGUUGCUUAUCUGGCUUAGAGCACAAAUGGAAUGGCUGUUUUCCUGCUAAUCCCUCCUAGACACCGUCAACACACUCCAUGUCACCCUCGCUGCAGCCUCCUUAAUACAGGCAUAGCUGGAAUUGAGGUACAUAGGCAUUGCCAGCUGUGGGACAUUCCCCCAGAGCAUACAUGAUGGAAGUGAGGCACUUUCACAUCUGGCUGUCAAUCCAGGGCGAGUUAGUAACUCAAAGGUAGCCCAGUGGGCAUGCUGCAUGGGCAGCCCCUGCAUCUUGGCACUUCCUUGAACCCAGAGCAACAUGGGGCAGUGGAAGCAAUAGAAAGGCAUCAAGUGGGAGGUGGCCAGGUCAGCAACACAUGAAGAAAGUUGUUUCCGCAGCUGUUCUUUGCGGUGAGACUUCUAGAUAAUUGCUCUGGACGAACAUGGAGACGUUGCUGGAUUUAUCUCCCUCUUGCUCUCGGAGAUUCAGCAUAGAGCUGGAUGCUGGCUCUGCAAGCAGCUCUCCUUGAUGUUUCCAAAGCAGUAAAUGUCCCCAAAAGUGAGACUUGCAGAUCCAUUGGCUCCUGGUAGCCUCACAGCUUGCCCUGCCUUGCAGAGAAGGGAAUGAAGGGAAUGUACCCCCAGGGGUCUGCUUCUGCCCAGGGCUCGUACAGGAUGUUCUCGGCUCCUUCUCUGUUAUGUGGAUGGCCUUUGUUGCUGGUUUACAGAGAUUGUUACUUUACUAGUUUGGGUGAAACAAAAAGUUACUCUUAGGAACUAUAGCCCCAAGCAUGGCCAAGGUCAGAGCAUUUGCUGUUAAAACUGUGUAGCAAGUGUUCUUCCCCUUCUGGGACCAGGAACCAGGAGUCUCUAGAUAGCCCCUUCCUGAGCAAUGUGCCAGCCCCUGGCUACUGCCUCUGUCUAGGCAAAUCCUCACAUUAGAUAAUUACAACAAUUCUGCUAACUGCAUAGUUACCACAAGGAGGUAGGAGUGAAUUGGUAUAAUGUAACCCUGACCUAAGAGUUUCCCAAGUGAGUGCACCCUUACGUUUAAAUGCAGAGGACUGGCUGACCUGGCCAUAAAUGCAGCUAUUUGGUGUUGAGUCCAAGGUUAUGAGGGUGCUUUUUGGACAGCGCUUUCCAGAAGACUAUCUUGCAUGCAUUGUACACAGUCAAAUCCACUUCAGGUGUGUGCAGAUAAAUAGUCCUUCAGUCCUGUCAAGCAGCAUAACCCGUUUGCCUCCUUUCAGAAUUUGUGAACAUUUCACACCCAGCAGCGUGAACGUCGGUAGCAGAAUAUACGCACUCUGUGGUUGGCUUCAUGUGGAAAGAUGGACUUGCUUUCAGCCUUUUGGAAUACGUAGCCAGUCAAUCUCUAGCAAUAGUAUGAUCUGCUAGCACUGAGAGCAUGUAUAGGUCUAUUAUCAGUGCAAGGGUUUCUCUGUAUCUAGGUCCCUGGUCUUACAAACAUGGACAAAAGAGAACAAGACUGUUCUACAGAUAAACACUCUGUGGUUGGGAGGGCAGCAGGGGCUUGUUUUGUUGCCUAAAGCCAUGGGGAUUUGGAUGGGUUGCUGCUGUCUUGGGGAAGAUGUUGGGCUGUUGUCCUCCUUUCCUGGCCUGGCGGUUAUUCCUGCCCCGUAUCUUGGCAUUGGUGGCUCUUCUUACUGUGUCAGUGGGAGUGGAUGCCACUUUCCCUAGCUAGCAGUUUUGAUAUUUGAGUUGGGCUGGUAAGUGUAAUCUCUGUAUAAGAAUUAGCAAAUGUAAGGCUUUGAAGCCUUCCUGUGGAGAUGUUAAAUCUGCAUAAAGCACACCUGGCUCCAAAGUGGGUAGCACAUUCUGUGCAGUUUUUUGAAUUUGGCCCCUUACGUGUAGUGGCUUCUCUCAACUCUUGUGCUAGAACAAAAGCUGCAGGGAGCCAGUUUUCUCCAGACCUGGAGAAGGACGGGAAGGACUCAUCAGCUGUAACUUGCUCAUUCCUGCACCCUAGCCUGUGUGACCUCAGGCUUGUGCCAAACAGCCCUGUCCCCACAGAGGACCAAACCCUGACUCAGGGCCCGCUUGCAUGCCUGCUGCUCUUGGGUGUGUUACGUUACGGGGCCAAUGGAGGAGCAGUAGCUGCUCGAGGAUGUUUGCCCAACCCAGAGCUAUGUCACCUCACUCAUCACAUAAAGCUGAUGUUCAAGAUAACAUGGAGGGUGCAGUCUGUGGAUGUGGCAGCUUCUCAGCAUGCACUACUCCGUUGUGAUGCAAUCAGCCUGGUUGUACUGCUUGCUCUAUAGGCCAAACCUCCAUGUUAAAGUGGAGAGCAGUGACAUUCUGACCUCCUGGAGGGGCAAUUGUUGAGACUCCAGUCCUGCGACUUCCUCAUUUUUAUGAUGGGCCCCAUCUCCUCGUUUCCCACUCCUAGACUCUGCCUAGAACAGAGUCACUCAAACCAGAAGUUCAGACUUCGGUGUUUGUAUUUGUACUGUUAUUGCAUGUUUAUCUCAGGAGCAAAAUGCUUGUGUACUUGAAAGGUCCAGGUGUGGAGGGAUCUGUGGCAAGUGUAGGAGGACCUGUUACUGGGGGAGGGGAAGGGGCCGUUUGAAACAGAGAGCUUUAACCCUCUCCUGUCCUGCAUCCAUUUGGCUUGUCUGAGAGGUAUGCAGCAUCAUAUUGUCUUCAAGCAUUUCCUGCAUAUUUUUAGAAUUCUCUUUCAGCCCCACUUUACUGGGCCAAGUCAAGCUUAUGGGCAUGAAAAGUACCAGUACCUGUACUCCAGAAGCUGCAACGUUACCUCUUCUGCUGUCUCUAAAGUCAUGUAUAUACAAAUAAAAGCUGUUAGAAAUUUA